GUAGUCCAAAGCCUUGAAGUCGAUCCGCAAAAUAUACUCGAUCAUAUCGAUACUAUUGGAAGAAAUCAUGCCUACCUUAAACAGUACGGAUUUCGCUCCGUGCUUUGGGAUAAGAUCGGCGAGUAUUUUGUGGAUAUUGUCGUCAUUCAGGACUGUGUACGCGGUUUUCCCGAAGCCUGUAGAGCGUGGACGAUUCUGGUCGCUGCUCUUGUCGAUCGACUUCGUGCAGCUCCACGUCGAGGAAGUGUCGCCGUAUCGCCAGCUUCAAGUCAAAAUUGCCUGCAUGGUUCUAAUUCCAGUAUAAAUGAUUUUGGUCCUUCUGUAUGCACGAUAAGAAGAGGAAGCACAAUUGCAAGGUGCAUUGACAUCGAGAGAAGUGCAAAAGAAGCAAAAGACUUGGCUGCUUUCAGAAAUGAGACACUACCAAGGAGAAAAUCAGGCUAUCAAGAACUUGGUGGCGGCUGCCUUGAUAUGGCAUCAUUGGACAAAGCUCUUCCAAACAUGCGAGCAAGUAAUCCUGCUAUAGCUUAA